ACCUUCAAUUUUCGUAAAUCCUUCAAUUUAACUUCCCAAAAAGUUUUUCCCUUUUCAAGAUUUUCUGUCAAGUUUCUGUUUCAUAUCGCUUUCAUCACUAUAAAUUACCGUCUUUUGCCUCAUUUCUGCAUUGCUACCUUCUCCCUCACGUUAUCUUCAGCAAUGGAGUUUCACAAAGCUCUUUCUCUUUUCUUGGUUUUGUUUUCUUGCUUUGUUUGUUCGUCUCAGGCUUUCAAGUUCUUCGUUGGUGGAAAACAAGGCUGGGUUGAAUCCCCCUCUGAGAGCUACAAUCUCUGGGCUGAGAGAAAUCGUUUCAAAGUGAACGACACUCUCUAUUUUAAAUAUAAAAAGGGAAAAGAUUCUGUGUUGCUAGUGAAGAAGGAUGAUUACUUUAACUGUAGCACGAAACAGCCUUUGAAGAAAAUGGAAGACGGUGAAUCAGAGUUCAUGUUGGAUCGUUCAGGGCCGUUCUAUUUCAUCAGUGGAGUAGUUGACAAUUGUCAAAAGGGGCAAAAAUUGAUCGUGGUUGUUCUUCAUCUUAAAACGCCACCGUUUGCGAUGCCUCCCACCUAUGCUCCGCCACCGCAAUCACCAAAAGUUUCUCCAGCUCGGCCCCCUAAACCUUACUCUCCAGUUCCCUCCUAUGCUCCGCCUUUUGCGAUGCCUCCCACCUAUACUCCGCCGCAGUUGCCGCCUUUACCUUCGGUUGCACCAUCGCAAUCACCAAAAGUUUCUCCAGCUCCAACUUUGCCCCCUAAACCUUACUCUCCAGUUCCCUCCCUGUCCCCUUAUGUGUCGCCUUCACAGUCACCUGCGGCCUCAUCUCCUAAAUCACCAUCUCCGUCGCCAUAUGGUGGUAAUUCACCUGCUGUGACUCCAUCGCUGUCUCCAAAGGCUGGGGGUCCAGUGCUAGCGCCGGCACCGUCUAAGUUGCCGAUAUCCCCUUCUACUGGGGGCCCAGCGCAGGCACCUGGACCGUCUACGAGGGCAAUAUCUCCUUCUGGUAUUCCUCCGUCAGAGGCGCCAUCUCCAAAGGCUGGGGGUCCAGUGCUAGCGCCGACACCGUCUAAGUUGCCGAUAUCUCCUUCUACUGGGGGCCCAGCGCAGGCACCUGGACCGUCUACGAGGGCAAUAUCUCCUUCUGGUAUUCCUCCGUCAGAGGCGCCAUCUCCAAAGGCUGGGGGUCCAGUGCUAGCGCCGACACCGUCUAAGUUGCCGAUAUCUCCUUCUACUGGGGGCCCAGCGCAGGCACCUGGACCGUCUACGAGGGCAAUAUCUCCUUCUGGUAUUCCUCCGUCAGAGGCGCCAUCUCCAAAGGCUGGGGGUCCAGUGCUAGCGCCGACACCGUCUAAUUUUCCGAUAUCUCCUUCUACUGGGAGCCCAGCGCAGGCACCUGGAUCAUCUACGCCGGCCAUAUCUCCUUCUAGUAUUCCUCUGUCAGGGGCGCCAUCACCAUCAGGGACUCCGGCGAGUAUUGCGUCACCACCGACAUCGACAACAUCAAAUGCGAAUGCAGUUGUUACGCCGGGGAGUUUGAUGGCGUUGGCGGUUUCUGUUGCAGUGGGUAUUGUCGUUUUGGGUUAGAGAUGUUGAAUAAUAAUUUUAUGGGGGGCAUUGUAAUUCUGAUAUUUUUACGAGGGUUUAUAAUUGGAGAAAUUUAGUUUGAUUUAAUUUUUAUAUGGAAAUAAUUACACGAUAUUAUAUCCUA